CUUAAAUAUAACUUAUUAAUGGAUGCUAUUAAAAACUUUGCCAACAACCUUACAAAUAGAGAUCAGAACAAUAACACCAAUGGUAAAAUUGUGCCGUUGGAAGAGAAAGAUAAAGAACCACUAUCCAUAAAAAAUCCUUUGGGUAGGUAGUUAUAAUUUGUUAAUGAAGUAUGGCUAAUGAAUUGCAGAUGGCAGCUAGCAAAGGGAUGCAAAAGCUCAUACAAUCAGUGGACAAUGCAAAGGCCGAUGUCAAAUAGGGUUUCACUUAAUUGGAUGAUAAGUAAUUGAAAUUUGUAGAAGAAUAGAUUGAAGCUGAUGUUGAGGUAGUACACUAAUUAAAUCAACAUAUGGGCAAGAUCAAAGGUGUUAUCGUCAGUAAUCAUAGUGAUCGAGAAAUUUCGACCCAUGGUUAAAGAAGGGCUCAAAGAUCCUGAUAUGUGUUAGUGUGUGAAGAAUUUAGUAUUUUGGAGAAAUAAUUAAUUAGGUCGAUGAUACUGUAGAUGCAACUUGGCCAGAGAUAGUGGAUGAAGUUAAAUAUCAAUUGAUGUUGUAAAUAGCUGAUCCUUACACAGAAAUAGAGGAGAAAAAGCAAACUCUUGCUUGUCUAUACCCAUUAGUUUGGAUAAGGAACUGGUAUCUCUAUUCAAAUUAUCCUUAUGACAGAAGCGUUUGGAGGCAAUAUAAAACCAUGUAUAUAUAUGAGGCUUGAACAAUAUAGAUCUUAUUGGUUUUGGUAUUUCGUGUCAUUGAUACCAUUUUAUGGUGUCUCAUAGUAUUUCUAUGUCUUGGAUUUCAUAAUGAUGGAUAAAGGAGAUGAAUAUCAGUUGGUGAAAUUUAUUUUGAGUUUUAAAACGUAAAACAAUUACAAUAACAUAGAAUGUUCUUCAUAACCUAAGGAGUAAUGAAAGCUUUGAUAGGGUACUUUAUGCUAUAUGCCUGCACGACUAUGAACUACAUUGAUAGUGCUUACUCAUCGGAUUGCACAAGGAAGGGUCCAGGAUCCAGCAUUGAAGUCUUCUCUGAGGUUAUUGGACAAGGUGUUCAAGUAGUUCUUAUUUGGUUUGCCUUCUUCCUUUUGUCAUGUUCAAAAUAGAAGGGGAAGCCAGUUUUUCAAUAUGAUGAUACUCCUUAAUUGAAGGAAGGAGGAUGCUUUGAAAGGGGAGGUCGUCUGAAGUACUUUAUGUUUUGGGAUAUCUUUGCUUUGGGAGGCAGCAUAGGACUGUUUUGGUUGGUGUAUUUGACAUAGGAUACUCGUCCUAAUUUUGAUAAUUCAGGAGAUUUCGUAUAUUACAAAUAUGAUAUCAAUAGAUUUACUUUACUGAAAUUUGUUAUGGAUUGUUGAGUUUCCCAUUUCUAAUUUUUAAUGUUCCUUUUGUGAAUGGGAGAUUGACAAAGGCCAAGGCAACUGCUUAUGAUAGAAAAGGUAAUUGUAUCCCAGCAAUUGAUGGACUGAGAAAGUAAAUAAAGAACAAUCAAGAUGAGGAAACGAGUUUCUUGCUUAAUACUCUGUCAAUAGAUGUUGGAGAAGUAUUUGAUGGUUGA